AUGCCUUUCAGAGCGGGAAGGCGGGGGAAAGCCCCGGCAGAUGGUUCUAUUAAAUGGGAAGCCCCACUUUUUUGGUCCCUCGGGUUUAUUUUCCUAUUUACUGUUGGAGGACUAACGGGCAUUAUUUUAUCCAAUUCUUCUUCAGGCAUUGUUCUACACGACACAUGCUAUGUGGUGGCUCACUUCCAUUACGUGUUAUCCAUAGGAGCUGUGUUUGCUAUUAUAGGGGGAUUUGUACAUUGAUUCCCACUGUUCACAGGAUACACACUGCACGACAGCUGAACAAAGGUUCACUUUGCAGUAAUAUAUGCAGGUGUAAACCUAACCUUUUUCCCCCAACAUUUCCUAGGUUCAGCAGGUAUACCUCAACAGUAUUCAGACUACCCUGAUGCAUACACCUUGUGAAAUACCGUAUCAUCAAUUGGCUCACUAAUUUCCCUAGUCGCGGUAAUCAUAUUCCUAUUUAUUAUUUGAGAAGCAUUUGCCACCAAACCUGUAGUUCUAUUUUUAGCACUAGCCUCUACUUACGUAGAGUGACUCCACGGCUGCCCUCCUCCUUAUCACAUGUUUGAAGAGCCUGCGUUUGUUCAAGUGCAGUCAAACUAACGAGAAAGGAAGGAAUUGAACCUACGUAAGAUGGUUUCAAACCAAAACAUGACCACUCUGUCACGUUCGUAAUAAGAUGUUAGUAAAACCAUUAUA